GGAAGGCUACUCUAGACAACCAUCUGCGCUAGUUAAAACCUUCCCAGUACGAGUGUAAUGGUUUCAUCAACAGGACACUGAUGAGGAACUUGUUAUUUGGAGCCUUAGACAUCAUGCGCUUGCGAAUGUGGACACAGCGCGUGCUGAUGUGGGGGAAUAACGGGAUGUGGGGUAAGAAUCCAAAAAAGUCCGUAUGCAGCCGGUUUUAGGAUAGCAAGAAGUAUACUGGGCCAAUUGAGAGUUGGUACAAAGGUCACAUGUGUAACAACCAAUGUAUUGUUGAGAAUAACGUCAUGUGUUGUAUCUCCAUAGCAAUGCUAUAGCAACGGGGUAACCACCCCGAAACCGAGGGUAUAUAGCAAUGUUGAAUUCGCUAUUAUACGGGAUUUCGUACUUCUACGUUGCAUCGGAUGGACAACAGGAAAGACCUCUGAACUGUUUGGACUGAAAAGAACAUUCCCAGCUCUCCAAACAGAACUCAAUUCGACAAAGAAGAGACUUUUCUCCAUUUCCGAUCUCCCCCUGCGACCAAGGCAAAAGGGGAACAAGACUUUCCUUCUGUCCAGCCGAGGAGUCAGGGCGUUGGCCGCUCGGCCUUUGGCUCUCGGCCACCACCACUUCUCCUUUUUGGCCUCCCCACUUCUGCCUCGCAGCCGAAAGCUGGAUGUGAUCGCCGGGCCGGGCGACCCAUCUGGCUUCCUCCAAAUUGCAUUUUUGGACACUUUUAGCUUUUUCCUUUUUUGGAAAGCUCGCCUCGAUUCCUUCACUUUUAGGGGCACUUUUCGGGUUUUAACUCGUUUGAUUAAUGGACACUUCAGUAUUCCAAUUUGUACUUUUUCCCAUUUUGGGGUUUUUGUAGUUUUCGGUUUACCGUGUUUUAAUUCUUGAUUUUUCCCUUUUUUGGGAUAGUCUCCUUUUAGGCUGCAUUUGAUACAGCCUCCCAAUUUAAGUACUUUUCGUAGUUUUCGGUAUACCGACUUGAUUUUGAUUUUUCCAAUUUAUGGGAAUCGAUGGGAGCUCUCCUCUUUUUGGGAACAUUUCCGACAUCCCCUGAAGAACCUGGCACAUUGGACCCUUUUUACGGUCAAUAAACCUGUGGACUAGAAGACGUUUUUCAGAGUGUUUGAUCAAGAAAAGGUGUUUGGGCAAAGCCAAGAUAUUUCUACAUAUCGAGGGCGGCACAGUAAAACGAUGUUUUGAACGCUGAAGAUAAGACAGCAUACACAAGAACAAAUGAUGGAUUGCACCGUUUGCUCGAUACGGACAAAAUCUACCACUUCACGUGCUUCAACGAGGUCACAAGCUUGCUCCACCCAGGCUGCAGCUGCCAGAGCACGUGCAAAAGCAGAGGCAGCCAAAGUACGUCUGUCUUUUGCACAAAAAGAAAUGGCACUCAAAGUGGAAAAAGCACAACUAGAAGCUAAGAUGGACAUGCUCUUACUGGAGCAGGACGCUGCAGCUGCACUCGCCAAAGUGGAGGUCUUGGGACCCACUGUGGAAGGAAGUGAUCGAAGCAGCUCCUAUCUUCACAUCAAGCAGUUGUUUGAACAUUCAGUGGACACAUUAGAGCGCACAAAGGAAUACAUAGACACUCAAAGUCAAACAAAAAUGGAAUGACCACACCAACAGCCAUCAUCAUGGAAUGAAACACAACAUUAUAAACCACCAGAUGCUAACUCCGUUCAACACCCACAUCUCCAGACAGAGCACAGGGAACACAGAGUUGGCUUUGUUUCUACCAUACAACAAAGGAUGACACCUUCACAGCCAGAAGUCACAUCAGUCACCAGUCCAUCUUCAAACGAGACAAUCACCAAGGUUACAAGUGACAUGGCCAGAUUCAAAGCCCUGAAUACUCAAAGGUAACCCUCCCAAAGAAAUGUAAGCAAGAUGACAUGGGCUCUACAGUGUUUCAGCAGACCAAAGAUGACAACAAAGUCGGUCCAUCCAUUGAUAACAUCGCUUUCCUGCAAAUCAUGGAGAGGGGUUUGAAAAAGGACAUAACAAACAGCCAUGAAGCUCCGCUGCCAUUUAAGACUCCAAGGCCCAAGCUUCCUGAGAAAAAAGUUCAAACCUUGAAUCGUUUUUCCUCUCUGAGACGCAACUUUGAAAGAAAACCAGUGAUGAAAGAGCACUUUUUUAGCUUCAUGGAAAAGAUCUUUCAAAAUGAACAUGCUGAAAUAGCUCCCCCACUCACAUCUGAUGAAGAACGAUGGUAUUUAGCAGCCUUUGACGUCUACCAUCCGAAGAAACCUGGAAACAUCCGUGAGGUAUUUUACUCCAGCACCCAGUACAAUGGUGUGUCAUUUAACAACGUGCUGUUAACUGGACCCAACCUCAACAACACCCUUAUAGGCGUACUCCUCAGGUUUCGCAAAGAAGCUGUAGCCAUAACAGCAGACAUUCAGCAGAUGUACCAUUGUUUCUUAGUCAGAAAAGAGGACCUCAAUUAUCUCAGGUUUUUAUGUUUCAAAAACAACAACUCAUCUGAAGAUAUCAUAGAAUACAGAAUGAGGGUCCAUGUCUUUGGAAACUGUCCCUCUCCCGCAGUGGCCAUCUACUGUUUAAGACAGUCAAUGAAAAAUGCUGAGGCCGUUGUAAAGCAGUUUGUCAACCGUGACUUUUAUUCCGUCAAAGCUGCAGUGAAGCUGCUCAAGAGGACGCAAAAGGUUCUGUCAGACUCAAACUUGAGGCUUCACAAAAUCGCCUCAAAUAAAGCAGAAGUUAUGAAUGCAUUCCCAUUUCAGGACCAUGCCAUCAACUUAAAGGACCUGGACUUCACUUCAGAUACCCUGCCCAUGCAACGUAGUCUGGGACUUAACUGGGAUUUAAUGUCAGACACAUAUACCUUUCAAGUAGCUGAUGAGCAAAAGCCUUUCAACCGCAGAGGUGUCUUGUCAACUGGCAACAGCAUCUAUGAUCCCCUAGGAUCAACACAGCCCCCUCGCGGCUGUGUUGGAGCCACUAUGGAUUGAACUUUCACAGUAUCAUGUUAGACCCGCUCGACAUCCAUUGCUUUUGGUCCCCUAGAGUGGGGGGGUGCCCACAUUUGAGGUCCUCUCCAAGGUUUCUCAUCGUCAUCAUUGUCACUGGCGUCCCACUGGGUGUGAAUUCUCCUUGCCCACUGGGUGUGAGUUUUCCUUGCCCUUAUGUGGGUUCUUCCGAGGAUGUCAUAGUCGUAGUGGUUUGUACAGUCCUUUGAGACAUUUGUGAUUUAGGGCUAUACAAAUAAACAUUGAUUGAUUGAUUGAUUGAUUUCUUGCCCAUGUCACCAUACAAGGCAAACUGAUCCUGCGUGAGCUCAUGCAGAACAACGGACAUUGGGAUGCACCUCUUCCUCAAGAAAUGGAAGAGACCUGGUCAACGUGGCGACGCUCAUUGAAAGAUCUCAGCGACCUCCAGAUCCCAGGUGUUUACACACAAGCCUCUCCUACAGCAGUGUCAAAAAGAGAGAUAGUCAUCUUUUGUGAUGCUUCCACAAAGGCACUUGCAGUAGUUGCAUACUUAAAACUAACAGAGAAAAAUGGAACCAACCACGUGGGCUUUCUCAUCCGAAAGGACAAGCUCACACCCUCGUCAGAACAAACUGUCCCUAGACUUGAGCUAUGUUCUGCAGUAUUAGCGGUGGAUCUUGCUGAGCUCAUCACCUCAGAGAUGGACAUGGAGAUUGACAUCACAUUCUACAGCGACAGCAAGGUCGUUCUUGGUUACAUCAUCAAUUCCAGACCUCUUGUACCAGUGUCUACCGACCCAGAUGACCCCCAAAUCCUCUCACCAGCCACACUCCUCACACAAAAGGUCAGUCCCUCAACUGCUCCUGUAAGCGACUGGGUAAAAGAUCUCCACGAGCAACCGUGGCUUCAAGUCCAGCAUUUGGCUCAAACCUUUUGGGAGCGAUGGAAGAAGAAAUACCUAUCUACACUUCAGCCACAAAGGGAGUGGCAUUCACCCCACCCUAACCUACUGCCUGGAAGAGUAGUGCUCCUCAAAGGUGACCAACUGAAGAGAAACCAUUGGCCUUUAGGACUAAUUACACAAGUCUUCCCAAGCAAAGACGGCAGAGUUCUCAAAGUGGAGAUAAAAGUCUCCAGAAAGGAUGGCACCAAAGUGUUCCUGCGGCCAGUAACAGAGACAAUCUUGCUUAUGGCACCAGAGAAGCCAUAGAUUGUAUCCUUUGGGACAGUUUGGUAGUGGCGGCUUAAUCCGCCAGGCGGGGAAUAUUCUGUCUUGUUUGUUGAAUUUAUAGAUAGUAUAUGUAAAACCAGUGUUUAAGUUCACUUUGGAAUUCAUUAGUGAGGUGCACUUCCUCCUUUAGACAGCGGGAGGGAGCAUUGCCUACUUUACAGUAAUGUCCAUGUUAACAGGGGACAACAAGGAGUUCCUUUCAAGUCUACUUUAAGCUAGUUCGGUGACGAUUGCAAACAUGUUCAUCUGCUGGAAUCUCAUGCCAAACAAAGUACCAUCGCUAUGUAUCGUUGAGUAGUAUGUUAAUAUUUGAUUGAGUUGCAUUAUUUGUUGGUUGUGAUGUAAUUUGGGACGUUUUAUGGCCAAAAGUCAGUCAUGUUCAUUUUCGCAAUUUAUACAGUGAAGUGAAUGUUAGCAUAGUAAGCUAGUUUGCUGUAGAGCACUUAGAUUACAUCUUUUGUUGCGUUUAUCUAUCCUUUCAAGUCCGCAAACAGGAACAAUUCACAGUCGCAUGCUGAUGACUUGUGGUUUACAUAUAUUAGGAACAGUUAAGGCCCUAAUAUACUGCCUUGGGGGACUCCACUGCUUACAUGUUUCCUCCCCUCCAAGUAAGAUUGCAUCUAAAUCAAUGACGUUUUAUCAAAUCUGAUUGCUUUAAGCUUAUCCAACAGUAUAGCAUGGUUUACAGUGUCAAAGGCCUUCUGAAUGUCCAGCAUGACCAUGCCGCAGUAUUUGCCCGCGUCCACCUCAUGUUUGAUGUGCUCGCUCUGAUAGAGAAGGCAUGUGUCAGUGGAGUGCUUAGUUCUGAAGCCGGAUUGGAAUUUGUACAUUAGUUUAUUAGUAGCAAGGUAUCCAUCAGCCUGUUCAUAAACUAUUUUUUCCAUUACUUUCAAAAUGGAACUGAGCAUAGAAACAGGUCGGUAGUUACCAGGUUCUAAUUUGCUUCCUUUUUUUAUAAAGGGGGGUUACUCUUGCUAUCUUGAAAUCCUUGGGUAACUGGCCUUGUUUGAUUGAGAAGUUUAUUAUAUGUGUGAUUAUUGGGGCAAUGGUGGUGGCAGAGUCCCCUCUGAAACCCCUCCACUUGUGACUUUUCCUCCCACCCUGUCUACCUCUUUCAGUUCCUACCCCCACUCACCCCUAGAGGUAGUUUUAAACCGUAGAGAGAGCGUCUGGCAUCCGCUUGUGGAAGGGGGGGCUCGUGCUGGAGGUAGCACAGCGGCGUUCAGCCGAGUCUCUUCUCCUAGUUUGUAUGGUUGACAGGUAUUCUUGUUUCCAUCGCUUCCAGAAUCUAUCAGAGAGAGAUUGGACUUUCCGCCAUUGUUGUGAGUGGAUGUCUUUCACGUUGAAGUCUCCUGGCGGUGCAGAUAUGACGUCUCUCUUCAGUGUCAGCAAGGUUGCAGGUGUUAGUAUUGCUGGCAUCUCUGGGUCAGUUGAAACUGGAAUGAGAGGUCUUGCGUUUAUAAUUGCCAUGACCUCAGCCAUGAGAGUGGUGAGCACCUCAUGAGAAAGGUGAGAGCCUCCCUCCUUAAGGAGCAAUGCAUCCAGGAUACGGCGAGUGAUGCCAAUUAGUCUUUCCCACACUCCUCCCAUGUGGGAAGAGUUUGGCGGAUUGAAGAUCCAAGUGCACACUUCGUCCUGCAGGUAAGUUUUCAACUCUUUUUCCAACGACUCUUCCUCUUUUUCCGACCACUUGUCC